CUUUGCGUUGUACAGCUACCUUCAUGUUACAUAAUUUAUCGUAAUCAGAUCUCAGAUCAGAUGGCAGUAAAAAAUGAAAACAUAACCUUUGACCUUUGACUCCAGCAAUUCUGAAUUGAGAUUUUUGUGAUUCUCCUAUUUUUAUUAUAAAACUCUAGUUUAUUUUAAUUCUUUAAACAAUGCACUUGAAAAAUCUCUUAGCUUUGCAUUCCGGUAUUUAUAGAAUUUUGCGCGACAGAUCGCAAUUCUUUCUAAUAAAAAGAAAAUACUGCACUCGACAACCUGAGUCUGUAUCAAUUGGGGAGAUUGUAAAAGAAAUAAAAUCAGCUGAACGACCAGAAUACGUUCCUAUAAAGUAUUAUAAUGAUAAUAUACCUCUAAGUAGCCUUCACCACUUACGAUGGAUGAUGCAAAAGGAUAUCCUAGGGCAAGACAUAUUUUUAUUAGGCCCUCCUGGCCCUAGAAAGAGGAAUUUAGUUAUGCAAUACCUUGAACUAACAAAUAGGGAACAUGAAUAUGUUGCUUUAAGUAGAGACACAACAGAAUCAGAUUUAAAACAAAGGAGAGAAAUUGUACAUGGAACAGCAAAAUAUUUUGAUCAGAGUGCUGUAAUAGCUGCAAAAGAAGGAAGAGUAUUAGUUCUAGAAGGUAUUGAAAAGGCUGAAAGGAAUGUGUUACCAGUAUUGAAUAAUUUACUUGAAAAUAGAGAAAUGCACUUAGAAGAUGGAAGACUCCUAAUUCCAGCAACAAGAUAUGAUAAGUUGUUAAAGGAACAUGGAGAAGAGGAACUGAAAAAAUGGAAACUAGUUAGGGUAGAUGAAGACUUCAGGGUGAUAGCAGUGGGCUUACCAGUGCCCAAAUACAGAGGAAAUCCACUGGACCCGCCAUUACGUUCAAGAUUUCAAGCUAGAGAUGUUUACAUUUGCAGUUAUAAGGAACUCUACCAAGAUCUAUGCAGUUUAGCUCCUACAGCACCUAGGGAUACUUUGGAACAAAUAAUAUCUUCAGCGUUCGCGCUUACUAGUAAAGAGAGUUCUUCUUUGGGGUAUCCAGAUUUCCCUUUGGAUAACCUUCCUGUUGCAGCUUUAAUUCUCGAACAAAAUCCUCGUCUCACAGCAUAUGAGGUACUAUACCGCUUAUAUCCAUAUAAAAUAUUUCUCAAAGACGGGAUCCCAAACUUAGAAACCAUGUUACAAAAGUUCAACGUACACCCUGCAGAAAAUGAUAAGUGUUCUAUCACAGAGAAAAUUAGUGAAUUUCUGAAAUCUAAACCAGAACAAAGCAAUUCACCCUACGUAGAAACGAGUUAUCAGAAUAAGCUUCUUGAAGAUAUGUUGCAAACUGCUAAGGUUGCUGAUUUCUGUGUUAUAGGAACUAGUGGUUGUGGAAAGAGUAUGUUGGUUAACAAAGUAGCCGAAAUAUUAGGUCGGGAAACUGAAAAUAUAGUUUUGUAUCAAGAUAUGACGUCAAGAGAUCUAUUACAACAUCGGACAACAUUAGACAAUGGCGACACUGUAUGGCAGUUUUCACCACUUGUAAUUGCUGCACUUGAAGGAAAAAUCGCUGUACUUGAUGGCAUUAACAGGAUACAUCCAAGUACAUUGACAGUAUUACACAGGUUAGUCCAUGACCGAGAACUUCAACUAUAUGAUGGCAAAAGAAUCAUCAGUAGCGAAAGAUACAAUUUACUACAAGAACACUAUAACUUAACUGAAGAACAGUUGACUGAAAGUGGCGUUCUCAAAAUUCAUCCUGACUUUAGAAUAAUUGCUAUAGGUGAACCACCUAAUCUACAGUCAUCAACAGGGAAUUGGCUAUCUCCAGAGGUUCUGAGCCUUUUUGUGUUCCAUGAGAUGAGGACUUUGAGCAAACCUGAAGAAAUGCAUAUUAUAUCAUCAAAGGUAGGGCCAAUAUCGAAGCACUUACACAGAAUAAUAGACUUAGCUCAUAUGCUCCGUACAAGCCCUGAUCAGUCUUUACAAAAUCUAGCUGGACAUUUAUCUACAAGACAGCUACUCCGUAUCGCCUCUCGAAUGAAAAAGUACCACACAUCUCCGUUCGAGAUCUUACAGGAAACAUUCAUGAUAAAAUUCUUACCUUCUCUGACGAAGCAAGCUUUAGAAAAGACUAUCACUAACGUCGGCAUAGUUCCAAGCUACAUUAAAGAGGACGAACCUGUAGAAUGUAGUGUUAAAGAUGGUAUACUGACCAUAGGCAAUUCAUCGAUACCUGUGUAUCAAGGAGGAAAUCUGACUAAAGUGCCGGAUAUUUUAUUUUAUGACGUUCCGCAGCAUUUGAGGUUGAUGGAGAAGCUUCUUCAAGAUUUCCAAUUGGGUUAUCAUCUACUGUUGGUUGGGAAUCAAGGUGUAGGGAAGAAUAAGAUUGUGGAUAGGUUUCUUGAAUUAAUGAAUAGGCAAGUAUGAUCUCACUAUCCAAGAUUGUAAUAAUUAACUUGAAGCUAUUUCAAAUCAAACGAUGCUUGCCUUACGCGUGGAUGAAUACAAAUUUUACAUACGAGUAUCUAAAUAAGAUUAUGCCAUUAUUUUCAUUAUUAACAACUUUAUGGCAACAUUCCAACAGAAAUUGUCUCUACAUCUCGGGAUAUUCCUUCCCAGAUGACUCUUGUGUGACUAAAAGUGGGUAAAAGCAUUAUCAAUCGAAACUCAUAAAUAAUUAUAAUUUGAAUUGUUUUUGUGCUUAUUGGUAACUUUUGGAAGCCAUUAGAUAUUUAUAAUUUUUUUUCUCAGGCCUAGGGAAUACAUCCAAUUGCACCGUGACACAACAGUCCAGACUUUAACAACUCAACCAACUGUCAAAGAUGGUGUUUUGGUGCACGAAGAUUCACCAUUGGUGAAAGCCAUCAAACUAGGCCACGUCCUUGUGAUAGACGAGGCUGACAAGGCACCAACUCACGUGACUUGCAUCCUCAAGACCUUAGUUGAAUCUGGGCAAAUGAUACUCAGCGAUGGACGGAGGAUCGUACCCAAACUACCAAAAGAUAAAAACCAUGAAAAUUACAUAGAAACGCAUCCAGAUUUCAGGAUUAUCGUAUUGGCAAAUCGACCCGGUUUUCCAUUUUUAGGGAACGACUUCUUCGGUGCUUUAGGAGAUUUAUUCAGCAGCCACUCUGUGGAUAAUCCCACGAGGGAAUCUGAGAUAUUAUUGUUGAGGCGAUAUGGACCAAGUGUGCCUUUAGAAACGAUUAAAAAGCUUGUAGAUAUAUUUGGGGAUCUCAGGAGAAUGGCUGAUCAAGGAUUAGUCAACUAUCCGUACUCGACUAGAGAAGUUGUAAAUAUCGUCAAACAUUUGGAGAAAUUCCCAGAGUCGGACAUUGAAGACGUGAUAUUCAACGUGUUCGACUUUGAUAGAUACAAUCCUGAGAUGAUCGAUACACUUGGAGAGGUUUUAGUACGACAUGGAUUUUCCAGUAAAAAUAUCAUUAGUGCUGAGUACAUAGCAGCAAAAAGGGCCAAAGAGGAUGUGCAAGUUACUGUUAACAGAUACAGCGGUUUGGAUACUAAAGGUCCCAAACAUGGAAAAGAAGACCCCAAAAAUGAACCCCAUGUUGGAGGAAAUACUUGGGCUGGAGGUACAGGAGGUAGAGAUACGGCUGGUUUGGGAGGAAAAGGGGGACCCUAUAGAUUGGAUAAGGGACAUAAAGUUCAUCAGUUGUCAGAUGAGGAAAAAGCUUCAGUUCCGGAGCAUAUUCAAAGAGCUGCACGCGAAAUGGGCAGAAAGGCAUUCCAGCAGAAACUGAAGGAAAUUGGAAUGAGUGAGUAUGAUCACUCAAUCUACUCCCAAUUUUCAAGUGCUGUUGCCAGACAAGUGCAAUCUCUAAGAGUUAUUUUGGGUAAUUUACAGGCUAAGAAUAAGGAAAGGCAGUGGUCGAGACAUCAAACCUCUGGGGAACUUGACGAUGUCAAGUUAAUAGAUGGAAUACUCGGAGAAAAGACGAUAUUCCGUCGCAGGGCAGAACAAGAGCCUGAAUUGGGCACCCCCCAAAUAAAACCAAAGCUCUUCCGUGUUGUGGUGGAUGUGUCCGGCAGCAUGUACCGAUUUAAUUCGUACGAUGGAAGGCUUGACAAGGAACUGGAAGCUGCCGUGCUUGUCAUGGAAUCAUUUGAAGGUUUUGAAGAUAAAAUUAAGUACGAUAUUAUCGGGCACUCAGGGGAGGAGUAUAACAUUAUGUUUGUUGAACGAGACAAACCGCCAAAGAAUAAUAAGGAGAGAUUGGAAGUGAUAAGAAAAAUGCACGCACACUCUCAAUAUUGUUGGACAGGAGACCACACGUUGGAAUCCACCGAAUGGGCAGUUUCAACUCUAGCAGAAGAAGAUUGUGAUGAAGCUAUUUGUGUGGUAUUAUCUGACGCUAAUCUACAAAGAUACGGGAUUCCGCCGCAGGAACUCGCGCAGGCGAUGUCUUGCAAACCGAAUGUCAGUGCUUAUGUCGUCUUUAUUGGAAGUUUAGGAGAUCAAGCGGAAAGAUUAUUACAGCGAUUACCAACAGGACGAGCUUUUAUCUGCAACGAUACCAGCGAAUUACCUCAAAUAAUGAAACAAAUCUUCUCGUCGUCAGUAUCAGUUUCGUAAAUGCAUUUUUCUGUAUUGUUUGUAAAACGGUUUUAAAGAAAGUUUGUUGUAUAUUUUUUCAUAAAUAAAUUUUACAUACUGUUUUA